CACCGCCAACACAGUUGCUGCCGCUGACCAGGGCAUCCACCCUCCUCGCAACCAUUGCUCCGAAACAAGCUGACGCCUUCGUUAAAGCUUGUUUAUUUUCUCCUUACCCCAUUUUCUUCUCAACACCAAUUGCGUUGCGUCCACCAACCAAGAAGUUGAACGGUAGACCAGGCCCAUUCUAUGUUCCAAAGUCACGUGAGAGAGAAGAUUUGCAGCGCCUACGUGUCAGAAACAUAGACGAGACUACGACACGCAACCCCCUGACAUGCUAAAACGUGUCGCCCAUGCAAAGCCCGCCAUCACCUCCCAUUCCCCUUCAUACACAUUACGAACGUUCUGCCAGCCAUUCUCAGAGGCUUCGUAAAAUAGCUGUGGUCAUCGUCAUCAUUCUAGUAAAAGAUCAGGGGCAGAGAUCCAAUGGCUCAGGCGACGUUUCCUCCGCUUAAUAAACGGACUGAAUCUUUAAGGCUUCUUAGCGGCCAUUCCAUACCCGCCGUCGGACUGGGGACUUGGCGGUCUGGCUCCGAAGCCUCCAACGCUGUGUUCACUGCAAUCGUCGAGGCUGGGUAUAGGCACAUAGAUACAGCAUCCCAGUAUGAAGUUCAAGAAGAGGUUGGGCAAGGGCUCAAGAGGGCCAUCGAUGCAGGAGUGGAGAGGAGGCACCUCUUUGUGACUUCUAAACUUUGGUGUUUUGAUAUGUCUCCAGAAAGGGUUAGACCUGCAUUGAUGAGAACCCUUCAAGAUUUGCAGCUUGAAUAUCUAGAUCUAUAUCUGAUCCAUUGGCCCUUCCGCCUGAAAGAGGAAGCGAGCAGGCCUCCAAAGGCUGGAGAGGUUUUGGACUUCGACAUGGAAGGGGUUUGGAGAGAGAUGGAAAAGCUUGUGGAGGAUAAUCUUGUAAGAGAUAUUGGCAUUUGUAACUUUACACUCAAGAAACUGAAUAAGCUACUGGGUUUCGCUCAAACAAUGCCCUGUGUGUGUCAGAUGGAGAUGCAUCCGGGAUGGAGAAACGAUAAAAUGCUAGAGGCUUGCAAGAAGAAUGGCAUCCAAGUCACUGCAUACUCACCGCUGGGAUCGUCGGAAAAGGGCAGAGAUCUGAUCCAUGACACAACAGUGGAUAGGAUAUCGAAGAAACUGAACAAGAGCGCAGGGCAGGUGCUGGUGAGGUGGGCUGUACAGAGAGGCACCAGUGUGAUACCCAAGUCCUCGCACUCCAACAGGAUCAAGGAGAACAUUAUGGUGUUCGAUUGGCAAAUCCCAGAACAAGACUUCCAUGCUCUUUCCUCUCUCCCUGAUCAGAAACGAGUACUUACGGGUGAAGAUAUGUUUGUGAACAAGGAGCAUGGGCCUUUCAGGGGCGUAGCAGAUCUUUGGGACCAUGAGGAUUGACAUAAAUGGCUGUGUAUGGUGCAUGUCGUCAUUGCAUAUUUUUGCUGCAAAAUAAAGAAAUCACUGCUUUGUAAGGUGGGUAAAUCAACCAUUUAUGCAUGUUAUUUGCUAUGUAAUAUCCAUCCCAGGGAGUCCUGCUGUACCUCAUAUAUAUCAGUUUGCCAGGAUGUAUAGUCCUCUGUAAUGGAACAUCAAAAUAUCAGUUUGCCAGGAUGUUUUUUAACUAUCAUUUGAAUUUUGAGGAUUUAAUUAUCUAUUUAAAAUUUUAAUGUUCUCUUAAA